GCCUUUGUCACAUUAAUGUGUAAUGGUUUGUUUGUGUUGCAGAAGAAGAGGAAGCAGACCAAUAGGGAUGCAGAUUCUCUCAGUCUGUGCAAUCUGGACAUCAGUGAGCCCAGCUCCAAACGCAGUAAAGCUGUUUCCAGGGGGGCGUCUCUGGCCAGCCUGCUGCCGCCGGUCAAGAAUACUCCCCUGAAGAGGAUUGGUUUGCGGCUGCAGCGUUCUAUCAGUUUGCGUAAUGAGAAUCAGACAGCCACUCCUCUUCCUCCCUCAUCCUCCCUAACAAUGAGUGCUCAAGCCAUCCCCACCGCCGUCUCCGACUCUUCAUCCUCUGUCACAGCAUCUCGUGUUUCUAUGGCAACCGCUCAGGCCUCCAAGCGUCGCGACAGCAAGCUGUGGAGCGAGACGUUCGACGUCCGACUGGGAGCGACUCAGACUCUGAGUCCAAAGGAGAUAAAACGACAGGAGGCCUACCAUGACCCCAUGCUGAAGCUGUCCAUCAUGACCGAGCUGGAGCUCAUCCAGAUCUUUGGAACUCUGGAGUCACUGAUUCCUCUGCAUGAAGACAUUUUGGGUCGGCUCCGUGAUGCCAGGAAACCCGAUGGGUCUACAGAACUCGUUGGGCACAUCUUGACCGACUGGCUGCCUUGUCUCUUCUCCUACAUGCCAUACUGCAGCAACCAGGUGAAAGCCAAGGCCCUGCUGGACCAGAAGAAGCAGGACCGGCGAGUCCAGGACUUCCUGCAGCGCUGCCUCCAGUCGCCUUUCAGCAGGAAGUUGGACUUGUGGAACUUCCUGGACAUCCCCCGCAGCCGGCUGGUGAAGUAUCCGCUGCUGCUCAGAGAGAUCCUGAAGCACACGGCAAACGACCAUCCGGACCGGCAGCACCUGGACGAGGCGAUGCUGAUGGUCCAGAGUGUGGUGGCUGACAUCAACAGGCAGAUUGGGGAGUCUGAGUGUCAGUACUAUAAGGAGCGUCUGUUGUACUCAGAGGAGGGGCAGAGGAACCAGCUCAUCGACCGCUCUAAGACCCUCUGCUGCCACGGGGAGCUGAAGAACAACCGAGGAGUGAAGCUCCACGUCUUUCUCUUCCAGAACAUCUUGGUCAUCACUCGCUCCGUCUCGCUCAACAACCAGCCUGUCAGCUACCAGCUGUACCGCCAGCCCAUCCCUCUUACCCAGCUGGACCUGGAGGACCUCUCAGACGGAGAGAUGAGAGUGGGCGGGUCCAUCAGAGGCGCCUUCAGCAACACUGAGCGGACAAAGAACUUCUUCCGAGUGUCAUGCCGUGCAGAAGGACAGCCGCUGACGCACAGCUUCCAGGCCAGCGACACCUUCAACAAGCAGCAGUGGAUCAACUGCAUCAGACAGGCUAAAGAAGCUGCAGUGCAGCAACUGCAAGCAGGAGAGUGUCUGGAACCUGGGCCACUCCAGGAGACAGAUCUGGAUCUCCACAGGGAUCCUGGGCUUGGAAAAGACAGAGGAACGUGGAGUGAGACCGAGUCGGAUCUGGGUUUGGACAGAAGUCUCAAUUCAGAAGAGGAUGUUGGUUCAGUCAGGGGGGCGGAUUCGGGUCCGGAGAGGGCUAUGUGUACUGAAACAAAUGAAGGAUCCAAGAUGGAUGAUCAGAUGGUGACAGGAGGAGAGCUGGACAUGGUUUGGGUUGGAGCAGAAGCAGGAGCUGCUGUGGACUGGAAGAUGUGCAGAGAAAAGGAGACUGUCAGCACAGAUCAGGAUCUCUCCUGCUUUUUCUCAGAUGGUUUGAACUCAGAGGAGGAUGACAUGACUGAGGACGACCAGAGCGGUUCCAAAGAAGAAGAAGAGAUGAACGUGGACACAGAGGAGACGGAUUUCCUGCAGUGUGAGGAGAUGACCUAUAGAUGCUGAUGUAGAUAUAAGGACGCAGAAGAUCCAGAGGAUCAAGAUUCUUUAAUCUGCGUUUUCUACAGUCCAAUUACAGGCCUCAGAGGGAAUCACAUGACCACAUAGGAGCAGCAGCAUGGGCCGCAUGUUUGUAGCAGAAGAUCCAAACUCAUGCUCCACAUUCGCAUCUCUGAGUGCAGAACUUUCCAGAUUUAUGCAGAAAUAAUCUUUUUGGUUUUCAGUUUCGGUUCAGGGUAACGUCGCUGCAGAUAUUUUUAGGAUUUUAACCUUUUCUUUGCUAAAUUAUGCUUUUUUUUUCUUUUUACAAAUGGACUCAAAGAGUUUCCUCAUAUGAUCUUUUUCCUUAUAAAGAGUUAAAAUUCCUGCAUGUGAUGCAGUUCAGGUCAGUCUGGGAGACAUCUGACUGAAUACCAGAAAACCACCAGCUCCCUGGAGCUGAACUGUGAAGGGUUUGAAGGAGAUGUUCGAUGUUUCUGAGUGUUCUGGAUGCAGUGAAAUCAGAUGACAGAGAGCUUUUCUUCAAGGACUUAAAAAAUGAUCCUGAACUGUUCUUGUCUGAUUAUUCAGUUUUGUUAGAACCUCCUCUGUGGAUGACGUCCCCUGUGUAAGAACUUCUCUAAACCUGCUGGUCUUCUCUCUGUUUCUGACAAUAAACUGGAAAAUUUCAAGAGUUUUGAAUCCUUUUUAUUUGGUGGUAAAUCUGUGAUUCAUUACCAGGAUGCAGAUAUUUCUUUAGUUUUCAUAAAAUGUGUCCAGUUUUAAAGUGUCUAAUAAACACAGAAAACAGUUUUGUGUCUUGAGCUGUAAGAAAAACAUUUGAACUUCAAGAUACUUGUUAACUGGAAUGGUUAGGGACGUGUCUGGCUCCAGACAUGGAUCCAGACAUCUGGCUCCAGACAUGAUGACCUUUUAAACUGCAGCCAUUUUAAUUUAAAGUAAAUAAAAAUUAUGAAAAAUCUGAAGUUAUCCAGUUUACUGUAUUGGGGGGGGGGGGGCUUUCUGUCACAGAUGUUUAUAAAUAUUGCCCACUACGCCACACACGCUCAUUCAUCCUGCCCAUGCUCCAGUUCUCUCAGAUGUUCCUGGGAGCUUCUUUUCCAGUGUAGUGGUUACCACAGCUCCAGUUUCUACAGACACCCCUUCUGCCCCCACCCAUUUCCAGCUCCUCUAUCAGCUCUUCAUGUUUCUUCUGAAUAUCCAAUUUCCUCCUCCUGAUGUUUAUUCAGCUGUUUUUUCUGCUUCUCACUUUUCCGUCAUCAUCUUGUGAGUUUGGAUCUUAACCCCCCUGGCCCCCUGACUCCUGUGAGGCCUCCAAGACUCCUGAACUGAAAGACUUCCAACCUUUGUUCUCAACAGAAGAGCAUGAACAACAGAAGCUUCAGAAACGUGAUGGACUGACACAGGAUCUGUAGAAGAUGGGGGGCCAGAAGAGAUCCUUUUGGUAAUAGGAGCAGCUGGAACUGUGAGCCUAAAACAGGAAAUUCCAGGAACAACACGGAUCUGUGCUGAGAGGAGAGCAGUUCCAGGAACAGCGGGGACAGCUCCCAGGUCCAUCGAGGUCCAGGACAAACGUCCAGAUCUUCCAAACAGUCCCACUGCAGUCCAUUUCCAGCAGGCUUGCAAACAAAUCAGCUGUUUGACCACAGAGGCUGGAGCCAGAAACUGAGAGAAUAAACAGAAAAGAUUAUCAAUAAACUAAAUAACUUUUAGAUUUGAAUAACUUUGUUUUUUUUACUUUUGUGUUUCUUAAAAAUAAAUAUUCAUCCCUCCAUAAAAUAGUAUGUUUAGGAAGAAGGAGCCAACUGUACGGAAGAGAAUCAGAAUAGAAUAGCUUUAUUGCCAUUCUACAGUAUACAAUGAAAAUUUGCAGCAGCACCUCCCUUGUGAAAAAGAAGCAGUAAAGGCAUAUGAGGAAGUAAUAAGAUAUCCACAAAAACAAUAGAAAAAUAUGUAAAUGUAAAAAUAUGUAAAUAUAUAUAUACAAAAUAAAAUAUGUUAAAAAAAA